UGUCGACUAGCCGGAGCAUCCUCAGUGCAACCCUUGCGCCAGCGGCUUGCUUGCACAGAGUCUAGUGUGAAACGUGUGCCUAAGCCUGGUGGCCUGGUCAACUGUCCAUGUGAGCACAUCGACUCCCUCGGCAGUCGCAUCGGGGUUAUGCGCACGUCUCCAGUGCUGCCGGGCCCUGCUGAGGUUGCUGUUUGCUUUCUUCGGUCGGCCAACGAAUCAAGCUUGUUCCGCACGUCUGCUACGUUGUCUACCUGUCUUUCCUCCCUUUCAAUUCGCGUCACCUUCAUCGUCUUGUGUCUGUUUGAGCUCGUCAGCUUGAGCCAUGCGAUAGGAUUUGGGUUCUUCGGAGGCGUUCAAUCUUGACAUGCACGUUCUCGCGGUUAUCUGCAGCUCAAGUUCCGAUCUUGCAAGGUUUACGGCCCCUCGUUUGUCGGUGUGAUACGCCAAUCGCCCAGCAUGGCUCAGGCUCUUUUCUCGAGCUGGUCCUCGAACCUAUCGGUUAAACUAUCUACCAAGAGCUGCUUUACGCGUCUUGAUCACGUACUUAAGCCAAGCACCAUUUACGGCUGCGUGCGAGAAAGGCAGGGCGUGAGUAGACAUGUGCAUUCGCGAUCACGCGGCAUCGUUCCGUCAACAAUCCAGCACAAAUGCCUGAUACUAAGUCCACCGAAAUCCGGCACAAUAUGGUCGAGGCCCAAGUCAGAACUUCGAGCUGAGCCAGUACCUUACUCGCAGCUCACCCUCGGUGUCCCAGCAGAGACUCAUCCCGGAGAACGUCGCGUGGCUGUCGCGCCUCAAAACGUCCCACUGCUCCUGAAGAAAGGGUUUUCUCGUAUUCUCGUGGAGCGUGGCGCUGGCGUUGAAUCUGAAUAUCCAGAUGAGCUGUACGAGGAUAUGGGCGCCACGGUGGUGGAUCGCCAAACUGUCUGGUCUGAAAGUAACAUUCUCCUCAAGAUUCGCGCACCAGAUUUGGAAAAUGAGAUCUCGAACAUCCGUGAAGGAGCAGCAUUGAUCUCAUUCAUCCAGCCGGCUCAAAACAAGGAACUGGUCAAUGCUCUUGCUGAACGACAUGUUACUGCAUUCGCGAUGGACAUGAUCCCACGAAUCUCUCGGGCUCAAGCAUUCGAUGCUCUGAGCUCGAUGGCCAAUAUUGCCGGAUACAAGGCUGUGCUGGAAGCAGCCAACCAUUUCGGCCGUUUCUUGACCGGCCAAGUGACUGCGGCCGGCAAGAUCCCGCCUUCCAAAGUUCUUGUUAUUGGGGCUGGUGUUGCAGGUCUCAGUGCUAUCACCACUGCUCGCCGGCUGGGUGCUAUUGUCCGCGGGUUCGACACUCGUUCUGCGGCCCGCGAACAGGUUCAGUCACUGGGUGCUGAUUUUCUCGAAGUCAACAUUCACGAGGAAGGCGCUGCCGCGGGCGGGUACAGCAAAGAGAUGUCCAAGGAGUUCAUCGAGGCGGAAAUGAAGCUGUUCAUGGACCAAUGCAAGGAGGUCGACAUUGUGGUCACAACGGCCCAAAUUCCCGGCAAGCCCUCUCCGAAACUCAUCACCGAGAAAAUGGUCAGCGCCAUGAGACCUGGCUCGGUGAUUGUCGAUCUUGCUUCGGAAGGUGGAGGCAACUGUGAAGUGACACAGCCAGGAAAGUUGAUCGUCCAUAACCAUGUCACAGUCAUCGGCUAUACUGAUUUCCCUUCACGGCUUCCCACGCAGUCGUCCAGUCUGUACUCGAACAACAUUACGAAGUUCCUUCUCUCGCUGGCACCCAAGGACAAUGCGUUUGGUAUCGACAUGGAAGAUGAAGUCACUCGUGGUGCUAUCGUAACACACAAUGGUCAAGUCAUACCGCCUGCGCCUCGACCUGCUCCGCCGCCGGCCCCAACACAGCAACCUCAUGAGGUCGAUACCAAGCCGGUCGAACUGACGCCGUGGCAGAAACGGACGAGAGAAGUUGCUACUGUGACCGGAGGAAUGAGUGCUGCACUUGCCCUGGGGAAACUGACCAGUCCGCUCUUCAUGGGCAGUAUGUUCACGGCCGGUCUGGCUGGCUUGAUCGGGUACCGUUCUGUCUGGGGUGUCAUUCCAGCCUUGCACUCGCCUCUUAUGAGCGUUACCAAUGCCAUCUCCGGUAUUGUCGGUGUUGGUGGGUUUUUUAUCAUGGGUGGCGGGUAUCUGCCCGAGACAGUGCCUCAGGUCCUCGGCGCAUUAUCAGUACUACUGGCGUUCGUCAAUGUCUCUGGCGGUUUCGUGAUCACCAAGAGAAUGCUCGACAUGUUCAAGCGACCGACUGAUCCGCCAGAGUACCCAUGGCUAUAUGCAAUCCCCGGUGUGGUGUUCGGUGGCGGGUUCAUUGCAGCUGCAAGUACCGGAAUGGCUGGAUUGGUCCAAGCCGGCUAUCUUGUAAGCAGUCUGCUUUGUAUUGGUUCGAUCUCUGGUCUUGCAUCACAAGCCACCGCUCGAACGGGAAACCUCCUUGGUAUUCUGGGCGUGCUCUCAGGUAUCCUAGCAUCCCUGGCCGCGGUUGGAUUCUCGCCGGAAGUGUUGACACAAUUUGGCGCAAUCGCUGCUGUUGGCGCCCUUGCUGGCGCUCUGAUCGGCCGACGAAUCACUCCCACCGAACUCCCUCAGACUGUCGCGGCGUUGCACUCUGUCGUCGGUCUCGCAGCCGUUCUCACGAGUAUAGGAUCCGUCCUCGCUCAUGUCUCUGACGUCUCGACUUUGCAUAUGGUCACCGCCUAUCUCGGUGUUCUUAUCGGUGGCAUCACGUUCACUGGCUCGAUCGUCGCGUUCCUCAAACUCGCAGGCAGAAUGUCCUCCCGUCCAACGAUCCUGCCUGGCAGACACUUGAUUAACUCGAGCCUUCUCGCCGCCAAUGCCGGCACCAUGGGCGCGUUCUUGACCAUGGCACCAGGCGCGCCUGCCGUUGCAGCAGUCUGUUUAUCCGCGAACACCGUGCUCAGUUUUGCCAAGGGAUUCACGACCACGGCGGCAAUUGGCGGUGCCGAUAUGCCCGUCGUCAUCACCGUUCUCAAUGCGUAUUCCGGCUUUGCCCUGGUCGCGGAGGGGUUCAUGCUGGAUAAUCCGUUAUUGCUGACUGUAGGAUCGUUGAUCGGUGUGAGCGGUUCGAUCUUGUCUUAUGUCAUGUGCGUUGCAAUGAACCGAUCCCUGACGAACGUUCUGUUCGGUGGCAUCGCGCCCGUCGCGCAGACACCUGGUCAGGAGAUCAAGGGACAGAUCACGAAGACGACGGUUGAAGAGACGGUCGAGGCUAUGGCGAAUGCAGAGAGUGUUAUCAUCGUACGUCUACUUGCCCUCCCCCACCUGUACCUAUCGUCCGGAUCUCGUCUUGCGCAUGUACUAUGAGCGCCGCCGUGUUAGACUCGGCCUCGCGCUAACGUAAAUGUGCUUGGCAGGUCGUCGGCUACGGCAUGGCCGUGGCCAAGGCACAAUACGCCAUCGCCGAGAUCACCGCUCUCUUACGCAGCAAGGGAGUUAACGUGCGCUUCGCGAUUCAUCCUGUCGCCGGCCGGAUGCCGGGACAGUGCAAUGUCCUGUUGGCGGAGGCGAGCGUGCCGUACGAUAUCGUGCUCGAGAUGGACGAGAUCAACGACGAUUUCCCCGAGACGGAUUUGACGCUGGUCAUUGGCGCCAAUGAUACGGUGAAUCCCAUCGCGUUGGAGCCCGGUAGUCCGAUCGCGGGCAUGCCCGUGCUGCAUGCGUGGAAGAGUAAAGGCGUCGUUGUGAUGAAGAGGGGUAUGAGUAGUGGUUAUGCCGACGUACCGAAUCCGAUGUUCUACAUGCCGGGCACGAGAAUGUUGUUCGGCGAUGCCAAGAGCACUUGUGAUGCGCUCAAGGCGGCGUUGGAGACGAGAUACAAAGCGCAGUUCCACGUUUGAUUGCGGCACUAUCGCGCAGAUCUACGGUUCGAGUGCCUGGACGUGAGGGGGAUGGUGGGAGAUAAUUCUUAUCUGCCUGUCUGUAGGACCUGGGCCCAGCCUUGCUGUCAAGGUGACGCGGGGCUCGAUUUGGUUAUGCGAGAAGGGACGUCAGGAAUGUGCUCAGCUAGAAUGCUUUGCAGUGGUCUCAAUAUCGUAUUUGGUGAGGAGUUUCUAGACCUUUGAGUAUGGGGUAUCCGUACAUAAAGAACGAUUGCAUAUGUGAUUGACUUGCUUCCUCUUGACGGGACCAGGUUGUCUGAGAGCAAGACUCGCGAGGUACGGAGUCGAAGUCAGCACGAUGUUGUCUUCGUGUGGAGUGGUUCGGAGUAAGAGGAUCAACAAUGUCGGGUUGAGCUGAGAGGGUGUUUGGCAGUCGAGGCUGUCUCCUGGUGCCUUGCAUUGGAGAUAGCAUCUUAUGUCAGCCGCAACACGUGCCGAUAA